AUGGCUAAGCAUCAAUCAAAAAAAACUAAAGCCUCCGAUUGGAGCGUUUUCGCUUGGUUUCAAAACCAACUGAAGCUGCUGUGUAGUGAAACGGCUUUGCAUGGUUAUAACCACAUGGUACGAAAGGAUUACACUUCAACCGAACGUGCCCUCUGGACGGUGGCCGUUAGCUCGGCUUUAGUAAUAUCCAUUAUAUUACUAAGGUACUCCUGGAUGUUUGAUACCGGAGCACAUACUGUAUCUGUGAUGGAAACUACCAACUAUCCUGUUAGUAAUAUUCCGUUUCCAGCGGUAACAGUAUGCAAUUUGAAUAAAAUCUCGUUCAAGAGCGCUCUACAUAAAGCCGAGCAAAUGACUCGCCCGGAUAAUAUGACCGCCGUUGAGUUGGCUUGGAAAUUUCGUCUUUUGCUCCAUGUUUACGGUUUGGCAGACUCAAACGAAAGAGAAUACUAUGAGUUGCACAACAUUCUGCGGAUUAACAAUCUCGAGGUGGCCCAAUUGAUGGGAGAAAUUGCUCAACCGUGUUCGUCCUUGCUGGCGCGCUGUAUGUGGAAAGGAACACUCUGGAGAUGUGAAAAUCUGUUUCAGACCAUCAACAGCACCGAGGGGAUGUGCUGCUCUUUUAAUUACUAUGGAAGACGAAGCAGUUCCUCUCAAAAGCAAACUUUUGGCAAUGUUCCGAAUGAACCACGACGCGUCACAGCAAGUGGUCUUUUCACAGGCUUACGGGUGUUGAUGAAUCCCGAAAUAGACGACUAUCACACCACUGACGUGGCUACCGCUGGUGUUCGGAUUAUGAUUCAUCACCCUUAUGAUUAUCCGAAUGGGAAUAUUGAAGCGAAAAUUAUACUACCCCAGAUGGUGGCUCUCAUACCCAUCCAGCCUAAAGAAACUUACUCCACAAACGAUGUCUUAAGCAUGGAUCCUUGGGAUCGGUUUUGCUAUGCUCAUAACGAGGCAAAGCUAAGUGUUAUGCGGCGCUAUUCAUUCGAAAAUUGUAUGGUCGAAUGCCGUGCGAGGCGUGUCUUUGAGAGAUGUGGCUGCAUACCGUAUCAUUUACCCAACAACGGAACUGUUUCUUGCUGCCAGAUGGAGGAUAUGAAAUGUAUCCUGGAAAAUGCUGAUCUCUACCAAAAUGCAGUACCGAUGUUCAAUUGGUCUAUCAUGGAAAUUAGAGACAGAGCUUAUACGUUGUGCCGCUGUUUACCAAACUGUGCGUCGGUUCAAUAUCCUGCGGAGAUGAGCAGCCGACUGUUGAACAGAUCGUAUUCAGAUACUGCUCAGGAUUUUUACACCGGUAUCAAGAUUAAGGACCACAGUGCUGUUCAUGUUUAUUACAACGAUUUGGUAUCGACACGUUUUUUGAAAAAAGUUAACCAAGAUUGGCUUGAUGUUUUAGCAUCAUUCGGAGGUAUACUAAGCUUGUUUCUGGGAUUUAGUAUAAUCACUGGUUUUGAAGUGAUUUACUUCUUCAGCAUCCGAGUUCUGUUCGACGUAUUUUGCGAACCGAACAAUCGUCACCACAAGCCAGUUGAACAAGCCCCGGUAGCUUGCAUAACUAAGGGCGCAAUGGUUAAGUGAAGCUUUCGCUUUAGGUAAUUGUUAACAAUUGUACGUGGGAAAAUAGUGACAAGUGGAAUAUGAACUUCAACCGAAAAAUUAUUUCAUGGAUUUGUAGAAUUUGUCAAAAAUCAGAUCUCUGUCUUUGUUAGGAUAAAUGUGUACCGUUACUGUAUUUUGUAUUCGACGGUUGUUUGGGUUGAAAAGCGCAAAGCAAGCCAACGGGAAGUUUUUAUACGUAUUGACUUCAU